AUGAGCUACUACAGUGGAUACUAUGGAGGCCUGGGCUAUGGCUAUGGAGGCUAUGGCUGUGGAUGUAACAGCAUCCGCAGACUGGGCUGUGGCUGUGGUUAUGGAGGCUAUGGAUAUGGCUCUGGCUUUGGAGGCUACGGAUAUGGCUCUGGCUUUGGAGGCUACGGAUAUGGCUCUGGCUUUGGAGGUUACGGAUAUGGUUCUGGCUAUGGAUACGGAUGCUGCCGCCCUUCAUGCUGUGGAAGAUAUGGGUUCUCCAGCUUCUACUGA